GCCAUGUCCCUCGCCCUCCCAUUUGUGGAAUCAGCCCGUGACCGUCUACAACAUUUGACCGCACUAACCUCAAGAGGACAGGUAAAGCGAUGGCGUUCCAGUCAAAUGUGAUAAGCUCGCAGCCUCAGGUCUCAGUCACACAGUACACUGUCUCCUCGGGAUUAUCAGACUGGAGUACAAAUGUGUGCGACUGCUGUGAAGACUGUGGCAUCUGUCUUUGUGCAACAUUUGUCCCCUGUAUCCUGGCCUGUAAGGUGGCUCAGGACAACGGGGACAGCUGCUGCCUGCCCUUCCUUCCUGGCGCCAUGAUUGCUCUAAGGACAAGUAUUCGCAGCAGAUACCACAUUGGAGGCUCAGUGUGUGAUGACUGGGUUGUCAUGGCCUGCCUGCCUCUGUGUGGACUUUGUCAGAUGGCACGCGAGCAGAAGAUGAGGGGAUAAAAAGAAGGGACAUUACAUCUAAUUU